AUGGGCGGCGUGGAUUUCCGCAAGCGCAUUCUGUCCGUCUUGCGCACCACGAAGAGAGAGAAGAAGAAACGAAAGAAAGAAUCAGAUUUGCCGUCGAAGCCGUCGCCGUUACAACGCGAAGCAAAAGGAGAAGAAGAAGAAGAACGACGACGACGAGGAGUACGAGCACGACGAGAGCAAGAACAGCGAGAACAACAACAACCGAGUCACUUCGUCCAGUACGCGUCGCCGAAAACGCUUCAACCGAGCGCGUUCCCGCGUUUGAAGUCGUCGUCGUUUAAAGAAGACAAAGACGAAGAAGAAGAGGAAGAGGAGAAGAACGAAUACGUUCAAAAACCAGUCCUGAGCGAAUCGCAACUCCGGAACAUAUAUUCGUCGAACGAGAACACAAACGACGGUUCUUAUUUUAAAGGACAUUUAAAGGAGGAGGACGCGUUGAACGAUAUCUUGACGACACCGAUCGUAGGGAGGAAAGUGUUCGUGGCGGAAGAGGAGAAGAAGCGGCGACGAGCGCUGAGCGAUAAGAGUAAGGCUUCGCGGUAUUACGGUUCAUCCGGGAAGUAUUCUUCUUACUCUUCGAGAGGAGGAGAAGAAGAGUUCAGAUUUCGUAGCAACGAGGAGAAUUCGUUCGAUACGUUUGCGAGAGCGGCGAAAGCGAGUCGAGCUGCGUACGCGACGUCGAGUAGUCCCGGGUUUGGGAAGCCGGCGUUGACGUUUGAUCGAGAGGAGAGGUUGUUUGAAAAGCAAAGAUCGAUCUCUUCGAGGCACACGCCGUUGGAUUUAGUGAAGCAAGCGUCGGCGACGAGAGAAGAGUUGAGGGAGAUUGAACGAAGAAGACGAGUAGAGAAGGAGGAAGGAAAUCGUGGCGGCGUGAUCGAUUUGACCGGAGAGGCGGGAGACGCCGAAGAAGAAGAAGAAGAAGAAGAAGUACCUGCGGAGGUGAUUGAUCUGACGAGCGACAAUCCUCCUUCGUCUUCUCAUCGGAACGAGAACAUCGCGGCGACUCAUUUUACUCCAGCGGCUCCAGACUUUGGAGAUUUACGAAGAACAAAAAGUGCGACGCCGAAAAUGGGUGUCGGGGCGAGCUCUGGUCGCAGUAGCGGUGGUAUCAAGGAUGAAAUCAACAAAGCGCACAGCGCCGACGUAGGCUUGAAAAGGUUCAGCAGACGAAAAAAACACAUAGAUCUCAUCGGACGCACGGCGCGAGAGCUCGUCGAGAGCGCUCCAGAAGGCGAACAGUUGAGUCAAUACAAAGCGCAAGUCGCAAAAUUUGCCUCGGAGGCGUACGAAAACGACGACGACGACGAAAAGAACGAAAAGAACGAGAACGAAACGCAACGAAACUUAGUAGAGGAAUUAGAUGAAAAGGAUGAUACCGGUAAAACGAUGGUAACGACGCCGAAAACAACUACGACCGUAACGAAAAUGGGCGGCACGCACACCAAGUUUAACAUCUCGCCGUUAUCACCGACGGAGUUGAAAUUAGAAGCUUCCGCGCGAGCGGCGAAACGCGCGACGACGACUUUCGCGGCGGCGGCGGCAGAAGAGGAAAAAGAUCCUCUGCGCGCGCAGUUAGAAGCGCUUCGCUUGGAACAGAAGAAGAAAGAAGAGUUACGCGUGAAAGCGACCGAGGAUCGAGUAAAAGCGGAAGAAGAGGCGGCAAAAGAAGCGAUCGUGGAGAAAAAGAAAGCGAAAGAGGUGGACGUUUUCGACCAACUUCCUACGCCGGAAGAGGAUGAAAGAAUCGACAACGCGUACGACUCUGGGGAACUGGUCAACCACGCUUGCGCGCGCUUACCCGGGCAAGGCGUCAUGCCGUUAAAAGGUAAAGAUAUUCACACCUUGGCGCCUGUCACGUGGUUGAACGACGAGUGCGUUAAUUUUACGCUCGGUAUCCUCGGUCGUCGCGAACGAGAACGGUGUGGACCAAAAGGUCAUCCUCGAUGCCAUUUCUUUAACACGUUUUUCUUGAACAAACUGUUCCAAGACGACGGCGAGUACGAUUACAACAAAGUUCGUCGAUGGUCGACGGAAAAAAAGUUGGGCUAUUUGCCAAUCAAAUGCGAAAAAGUUAUCGUACCGGUUCACCAAGGUGUUCACUGGGUCUUAGCUGUGGUUGAUUUGAAGCGCAAAGUUGUUUCCUAUUACGAUUCAUUACUGGGGAAGGACCGAGAGGUUGUUCGAAACCUCAUCAAAUGGGUCGUCGACGAAGCGAAGAACAAGUUGAAUGAAAAUUGGGAUAUCGGCGAAUGGAGAGAAGAGUACCCGUCCGAAAUCCCCCGGCAAAUGAACGGGAGCGACUGUGGCAUGUUCAUGCUCAAUUACGCUCGUAACAUUGCCAGUUUCACGGACGAAGAUUUGAAGAACAACGCGUUUACGUUCCACCAAAGAGACAUGGUCAAUCUCAGACGACGACUUGUUUUGGAAAUCUUAAAGAUAGGUCUGGAAAUGCCCGCGGACGAUUAA